UUGGCCCCCGUUCUUCUCAAGUUUCCCCUUCCAAGAAAGACAAAUCUCUCUUUUACUUAAUUUGAGAAAUAAAAUAAAAAGAAAAGAAAAGAAAAGGAAGAAAAGCUUGAAACAAUGGGACGAACGAAGGAGUUGAUGGCGAUGGAAGGGAGUGAGAUAUAUUUAAUAGCGAGCGAUUGGUUGAAUAAUAUGAUGAUGAAAGAAGAUGUCCCAAAUCCAAAUCCAAAUCCAAAUCCAAAUCCAAAUCCUAACAAAGAUAUUUAUUAUUAUACCCUUUGUGCUUCUUAUGCUUUGGUUGCCGUCGUUGCUUUGGUGCAACUUGUCCGAAUACAGAUACGAGUACCAGAAUAUGGAUGGACAACACAAAAAGCCUUCCACUUGAUGAAUUUCAUCGUAAACGGGAUGAGAGCCGUUCUUUUUGGAUUGUACAAGAAAGUGUUUCAUAUUAAGCCACUUGCUCUUGAACUAGUACUACUUGAUUUUCCGGGACUUCUCUUCUUUUCUACCUACACAUUGCUUGUGUUGUUCUGGGCCGAGAUUUAUCACCAGGCAAGAUCCCUUCCGACUGAUAGACUUAGACCGGCAUACUACGCUGUAAAUGGGAUAGUGUAUGUUGUUCAGAUAGUCAUAUGGAUUUUCAUGAGGGUCAGCAAAGGUCAUGCAGUUCUAAAGGCAACAAAACUCUUCUUUUCAAUUAUUUCCUUUAGUGCAGCUUCCGGAUUCUUGGUAUAUGGUGGAAGAUUGUUCUUUAUGCUGAAGCGCUUUCCUAUUGAAUCUGUAGGGCGUAAAAAGAAACUCUAUGAAGUUGGAGUCAUAACCGCGAUAUGCUUUACAUGUUUCCUAGCUAGAUGCGUAGUGGCGGCUAUUUCUGCCUUUGAUGAAGAUGUUGAUGUUGAUGUCCUUGAACAUCCUUUAGCAAAUCUUCUUUAUUACAUGGUUGUUGAGAUUGUUCCUUCAGCUCUAGUCCUCUUUGUACUUAGACGGUUACCUUCAAGACGUGUUUCGGAUCAGUAUCAAGCCAUCGAAUGAAGAUGGACGAGGUGAUUGGGGUUAUCAAAUCAGUGGUAAGAUGCAGAUGUAGUACGUUGGACAGAGUCCAAUAUUGCAUUUUGUUGACCUCAGUGAAACAGGGUUUACAAUAGAAAUUUGUACACACUCCGGCUUGUUAAUGAUAACACAAGGUCGGUUGUUAAAUAAUUUUUGCUCACUACAUAUAGAACACGACAAUUUUGAAAUAUUACUUAGUUUAGUUUUCCCAA